UUGUCCUUCCGUCUGUCUGUGAUGCGUUUCAACGAGAAGGAGCUGGUGUCUCUGAGCCGCCAGCCUUCAGAGAUGGCGGCUGAACUGGGAAUGCGAGGUCCUAAGAAAGGAGACGUUGUCAAGAGGAGGCUGGUGAAGCUCAUCGUUAACUUCCUCUUUUACUUCCGGACUGAUGAGGAGGAGCCUGUUGGAGCGUUGUUGUUGGAGCAGUGUCGGGUGGAGAAAGAGGACAGUCAGACCUUCUCUAUAGCGUUUCUAGAUGAAGCAGAGAGAAAAUAUGUCUUUGAAUGUGACACAGAGGAGCAAUGUAAGGAGUGGAUAGACUCUAUUAUCAAAGCGAGUUAUGAGUUCAUGAGGAGGAAUCUCAUUUACUAUCGAACUGAAAUCCACAGGCUCACUGGGAAGGAUCCCUUGGAACAAUAUGGUAUAUCUGACGAAACUCGUUUCCAGGUCAGCAAUGGUCAACAGCUCAAACCCAGAGACACAUCCUCCCUUUAGUCCAGAGCUCUGUUGAAAAUAUGAUCAUUUCAGUCCUCUGUAGUAAUCUAACUUCAGUUUCAUGGCUGAAGACACUCCGACUUUUUACAUUUGGUAGCCUUACUUUUAUAAAUAAGGUAACAGGGAUUUUUUUUUAAUGUGCAAAGUUAUAGCUCUUUUCUACCGUGUCUUUGUCCUUCAUUAAAGAAAAUGAUUUAAUAACUGUUUAGAAAAUUUUACAUACAUCUUUUUUUCAGUCUUAUUUAAUCAGUUGAUUAUGAACAGGUUUUUUUACUGAGCAUGCUGUACACACAGAAUGUAACACUGAGAGGUUGAUUGUUCUUAAGAUGAUUUUCCUGAGAGUCUGUGAGCAUGAAUGUGUUUAAUAAAAGCCAUUUCAAGACAUUCAAUUAUGUGGAGAAAAUCAACAUAAACCUGAGUAMAUUCAACCAGCUAACACUCCUUUUAACUUGGACUAUUAUAGUAUAGCAAUCUAAUCUGAAUUAGCUGUUUCUGUGUAUUUACUGUUUAUUCAUUUUAAAGGAGUUUUGCACGUUACUGGGAAUAUAGCCUAGUUUUAUUUGAAUAACAGUCACUUACUUGAACUUUGUUUAAUCUUUGUUYCACUGUGAAUUGCAAUCUUUUAACUAAGAUAUAUAUUGACAUCUUAUUAUAUACAGAUUAUCRACAUGAAUACUUGCAAGUUUUGCUCUUAGCCAUAUUUCCUGAAAGGGUUUUGCUGUAUCUUAUAAGCUAGUGAAAUAUUUAUKUUAGAAAUAAUGAAAAUUUUGUCACAAUAUUUUUGUAUGAGGCUGUUUUGCUUUAUGUCAAACUUUAUUUUUGCUUAGUUUUCAUUCAUCACUUUAUACAAAUAAAGUAAUUUGAAACUUGUAA